UCAGUUGCCGCGCAGCUGCCGUAUAGGAAGGGAGAGUAGGAAACUUUUUUCGCUCGCCGUAUAAACGCCACAAGAAAAAGAACAUUUCCAAAUUCUUCACUGGGGGAAAGCAAUUUUUUUCUGUGUUUGUGCGUGUUAGUGUUUAAAAAAGAACACAGCGUUUGAGUCAACUUCUUCUCAAAAUAAGCAGCCAAAUUAGCAUCAAUCAUGUCGAUCGUUCGCAUUUCUGCACGUAAACUUGUCGACGCACAGAAAGUGCCAGCUAUUAGUGGUUAUGUGCGUCAAAUCGCUUCUGAUGGCGCCAGCCUGCGCGAGGUGAUGGCCUGUAAGAUUCCGCAGGAACAGGAGCGUGUGAAAGCCUUCAGGAAGCAGCAUGGAUCCACCAAAACUGGCGAGACAACCAUCGAUAUGAUGUACGGUGGCAUGCGCGGCAUCAAGGCUCUGGUUACCGAGACUUCUGUGCUGGAUGCCGAUGAGGGUAUUCGCUUCCGUGGUCUUUCCAUUCCCGAAUGCCAGAAGGUACUGCCUGCCGCCGAUGGCGGCUGCGAGCCACUGCCCGAGGGCCUGUUCUGGCUGCUGAUGACCGGCGAGGUGCCAACCAAGGCCCAGGUCCAGCAACUGUCCUGCGAAUGGGCUGAUCGCGCUGCACUGCCCCAGCAUGUUGUCAACAUGCUGAACAAUAUGCCAACGACCCUGCAUCCAAUGUCCCAGUUGUCUGCCGCCGUUGUGGCCCUCAACCAUGACAGCAAGUUCGCCAAGGCCUACUCCGAAGGUGUGCACAAGAGCAAGUACUGGGAAUAUGCCUACGAGGACAGCAUGGAUCUGAUUGCCAAACUCCCAGUGGUGGCUGCAACUAUCUACUGCAACACCUAUCGCGGCGGCAAGGGCUCCCGUGCCAUUGACUCCAGUCUGGAUUGGUCGGCCAACUUUGUGAAAAUGCUCGGCUAUGACAGCCCCGAGUUCACCGAGCUGAUGCGUCUCUAUCUGACCAUCCACAGCGACCAUGAGGGUGGCAAUGUAUCUGCCCACACGGUGCAUCUGGUUGGUUCAGCUCUGAGCGAUCCCUACUUGUCAUUUGCUGCCGGUAUGAAUGGUCUGGCGGGUCCAUUGCACGGACUUGCCAACCAGGAGGUACUCAUCUGGCUGCGUAAGCUGCAGAAGGAGGCGGGUAACAACCCGUCGGAGGAGCAGCUUAAGGACUACAUCUGGAAGACCCUCAAGUCUGGACAGGUGGUGCCUGGAUAUGGUCAUGCUGUGCUGCGCAAGACUGAUCCACGUUACACUUGCCAACGGGAGUUUGCACUGAAGCAUCUGCCCGAGGACGAGCUGUUCCAGCUGGUGUCCAAGAUCUACAAGGUGGUGCCCCCAAUUCUAACUGAGACCGGCAAGGUCAAGAACCCCUGGCCCAAUGUUGAUGCUCAUUCGGGUGUCCUGCUGCAAUACUACGGCAUGAAGGAGAUGAACUACUACACUGUGCUCUUCGGCGUUUCGCGUGCGUUGGGCGUGCUCGCUUCUCUUGUCUGGGAUCGUGCUCUUGGCCUGCCCAUCGAGCGUCCCAAAUCCCUAUCCACCGACAUGCUCAUGAAGAUGGUCAAGAAGUAAGCUAAGCAACAACGCAAUUGACGGAUGGACGGACUGCAUUUCUAGCAGUGCAGCGAAGUGUGGCAAUGGGAAGUUCAAAUGUAGCAAAGCAAAGGAAAAGUAAUAUUAGAAAAAAACCUACAAUAAAUCAAUGAGAAAAUUUGCAAAAACA